CCCCCCCCCCCCCCCACACACACACACACACACUUUCCUGUUUUUUUCUCUCUCACAAACCUCUCUAAGCUACCCGCCAUGUCAUCGGUCCGCUUCACGGUGACGCCCACCAAGGCCGAGGACCUCCCGGGACUGUCCGACACGUCGCCCGACAUCAGCUCGCGCCCGUCUGCCCAUGUUCGAUUCGGCUCUAGGGAGAGCGUCAAUCGGAGUGAGCCUGUGAGCGAGGGCUCGGGAGGUGUGACGACUGCUACUUUGGGAGGAGCGGGAGGGAAUGACACGCCAGAUUACUGCAGCGUCGACCAAGGUGAUGGGAACUCAAAAAUCUCCAGUGUUUACAUCAACAACAGUCAUGGGAUGGAUGAUGAUGACUUCUACGAUAGGAACUUGGCCUUAUUUGAGGAGGAGAUGGACACUCGGCCAAAGGUGUCUUCUCUCCUCAACCGCCUGGCUAACUACACCAACCUGACGCAGGGGGCGAAGGAGCAUGAGGAGGCUGAGAGCUUUGGGGAGAAGAAGAAAACCAGCAAGUUGCCGCAGAUGGGGACGUUCAUGGGUGUUUACCUCCCUUGCCUUCAAAACAUCUUCGGCGUCAUCCUGUUCUUGAGGUUGACAUGGGUGGUGGGAACUGCUGGGGUGCUGCAGGCCCUCUGUAUCGUCUUUAUAUGCUGCUGCUGUACGCUGUUGACUGCAAUAUCGAUGAGCGCGAUCGCUACUAAUGGGGUUGUGCCAGCUGGAGGCUCCUACUUCAUGAUCAGCCGCUCUCUGGGUCCAGAGUUUGGUGGGGCAGUGGGGAUUUGUUUCUACUUGGGCACCACCUUCGCCGGAGCCAUGUACAUCCUGGGAGCCGUUGAGAUCUUUCUGAUGUACAUUGUAUCUCAGGCAGAGAUUUUUAAAGGUGAAGGAGCGGCCAGGUUGAACAACAUGCGGGUCUACGGCAGCAUCUGUCUCCUCCUGAUGUCCCUGCUCGUCUUUGUGGGUGUAAAGUAUGUCAACAAGCUGGCCUCUAUCUUCUUGGCCUGUGUCAUCGUCUCCAUUGUUUCCAUCUACGUAGGAGCGUUGGUCUCCGCCUUCCAAGAGCCUCGCUUCCCCGUUUGCAUGCUGGGAAACCGAACAAUCAGCAGCCAUUUUAUUAUCGACAACCAGUGUAGGAAAACCGUCCCGGUGGAGACCGAAGCUACAACCGAGAGCUUCGACAGCAACUUCACAGUUAGCUAUGAAAACAGCACAGCUGGACCAAUCAUUGUCCCCACUGAUGCUCCUGUGGUGGUGGAGAAGACCACGUAUCUUUGGAGAGAAUUUUGCCAGAGCCCAGAUCUCAACACCACAUGUGACGAAUAUUUCAGCGCCAAUAAUUUCUCUGAGAUUAAAGGGAUUCCUGGCCUGGCCAGUGGCAUCAUUUCAGCGAACCUCUGGAGCUCCUACCUCAGCAAAGGUGAGGUGCUGGAGAAAGGCUCUCUCAGCUCCUCUCAUGUGGUUCAUCCAGCGUCAGCUACUCAUCCAUACGUGUUUGCAGACAUCACAACCUCCUUCACCCUGCUGGUGGGCAUCUUCUUCCCCUCAGUCACAGGAAUCAUGGCUGGUUCAAAUCGCUCAGGGGAUUUAAAAGAUGCUCAACGCUCCAUCCCCAUCGGAACCAUCCUUGCUAUCCUCACAACGUCUGUUGUCUAUCUGAGCAGCGUCGUGUUGUUUGGAGCCUGCAUCGAUGGGGUCGUCCUCAGAGACAAGUUUGGAGAUUCAGUCAAAAGCAAUCUGGUGGUGGGUACUCUGGCUUGGCCCUCUCCUUUGGUCAUUGUGAUUGGUUCCUUCUUCUCGACGUGUGGCGCAGGCCUGCAGUCGCUAACCGGUGCGCCCCGACUGCUGCAGGCUAUCGCUAAGGACAACAUCAUCCCAUUCCUACGGGUGUUUGGACAUGGGAAAGCUAAUGGCGAACCCACCUGGGCUCUGCUGCUGACAGCUUUAAUAGCCGAACUGGGGAUUCUCAUCGCCUCUCUGGACCUAGUCGCUCCCAUCCUCACAAUGUUCUUCCUAAUGUGCUACCUGUUUGUGAACCUGGCUUGUGGUCUGCAGACCCUCCUCAGGACACCCAACUGGAGGCCACGCUUCUCCUACUACCACUGGACCUUAUCGUUUCUAGGGAUGAUAAUCUGCCUCGCUCUCAUGUUCAUAUCUUCGUGGUACUACGCAAUCGUUGCCAUGGUGAUCGCUGGCAUGAUCUACAAAUACAUUGAAUAUCAUGGAGCAGAGAAGGAAUGGGGGGAUGGGAUCCGCGGUCUGUCGCUCAGUGCUGCCCGUUACGCCCUUCUGAGGCUGGAGGAGGGACCACCACACACCAAAAACUGGAGGCCCCAACUGUUGGUGUUACUAAAACUGGACGAAGACGCCCACGUCAAGUCUCCUCGUCUGCUGACGUUCGCCAGCCAGCUGAAAGCAGGAAAGGGCUUAACCAUCGUCGGCACAGUUGUCCCCGGACACUUCCUGCAGACGUAUGGAGAGGCUCUGGCUGCUGAACAGACUUUGAAGCAUCUGAUGGAUAAGGAACGAGUAAAGGGCUUUGUUCAGUGCAUAGUUGCUCAAAAGCCACGUGAGGGAAUCAGUCACAUGAUCCAGUCAAGCGGACUUGGAGGAAUGAAACCCAACACUGUGGUGAUGGGCUGGCCUCACGCCUGGAGGCAAAGUGAGGACCCGCAGGCCUGGAAGACCUUCAUCAAUACCGUCCGGGUGACCACAGCGGCCCACCUGGCUCUGCUGGUGCCCAAAAACAUCUCCCUGUUCCCAAGCAACAGCGAGCCUUCCACAGACGGCUACAUCGACGUGUGGUGGAUCGUUCACGAUGGGGGGAUGCUGAUGCUGCUGCCGUUUCUUCUGCGCCAACACAAGGUGUGGCGUAAAUGUGCGAUGCGAAUUUUUACAGUGGCUCAGAUGGAGGACAAUUCUAUUCAGAUGAAGAAGGAUCUUGCAACGUUUCUCUAUCACCUACGUAUUGAAGCUGAGGUGGAAGUAGUGGAGAUGCACAACAGUGAUAUCAGUGCUUACACCUACGAAAGGACUUUGAUGAUGGAGCAGAGAUCUCAGAUGCUCAGACAAAUGCGACUCUCUAAAUCCGAUCGAGAAAGAGAAGUGUAUCUCUCGCCCAGGUUCAGGAGUGCUGAAGUCCACACAUCAAACCCUGUCAACGAAGACAGAGACAGACAGGCUCAGUUGGUGAAGGACCGUAACUCCAUGCUGCGCCUGACUAGCAUUGGGUCAGAUGAUGACGACGACACCGACGGCGGAGAGAGGGACCGACCAGUGAGCAGCAGCUCCGAGCACCAUCGACGCGUUCAGAUGACGUGGACCAAAGAGAAGACGGCACAGUACAGAGCGACGCACUCUUGCUGCUCCACACCUGAAGGGUUCAGAGACAUGCUGAGCCUCAGGCCGGACCACUCUAAUGUCAGGAGGAUGCACACCGCUGUCAAGCUCAACGAAGUCAUUGUGAAUAAAUCCCACGAUGCCCGGCUUGUCCUGCUCAACAUGCCAGGACCCCCGAAGAAUACAGAAGGAGACGAGAACUACAUGGAGUUCUUGGAGGUUCUGACUGAAGGGUUGGAGCGUGUCCUGUUGGUCAGAGGUGGCGGAAGUGAAGUCAUCACCAUCUACUCUUGAUUGGACAGACGCUGGAAGACGCUGUUUAACUACCAGCCAAUCAUGGAGAAGUGAGCUAGAGGGAAAUGGGUUGGUCUGUGGGGGCUGGGGAUUGUGGAGCCCAUCAAGACAGACGGUCACUGGCUGCACCAUCGAUUGUCACAUCCAACAUCCCACCAAGCCCAGCUCCUUCCAUCUGUACUCUUUUUUUUUUUUUCUGUCACGAUGGUGGUUCAUGUUCCAGUUUUGUUGACCUGAGGAAAUGCCAACACAGUUCCAUGAUUGAGCAACAACCACCCAGAACUAUCAGUUGUGUGUCCGUGUGUGUGUGUGUGUGUGGGAGAAUCACUCACCUGAAAGAUCUUUGAUCUGUUGAAAGGACCAGCGGUGUGUCUGAAGCAAGUGUGUUUAGGCAGCGGAUCAGUUAAAGUAAAUAUGAACGUAAUCGAUCUGAAAACGGCGCAGUCUUUCCACCGACAAAACUCAGGGUUGCUUUUUGUACUGAAUGUAUUUUGGACGUUUGCUUUGUGAGGCCGAAAUGUCUGAUAUCAAAGGAGUAUUUGUCUUUUUUUUUUUUAUUAUUUGCUAGAGGCACAAAAAUGUUUAUCCCAGAUCUUCACAUGGACUAGAAACGUAACGCUCAAUCAAGAGUAUGGCAAAAAAUACCAUAUCAACCUCAGAUUAUUGGUCUGCCUUUUUCUUUUCCAUGUACUGCAAAAUAUGCGCACCAAACACAACAUUUUAGUUUGAGCACAUUAAAACUCAUCGUAAAGGAACUUUAAAAUCAUUUUUCUUGCACAGACAUCAGACUUUGCUGCUAUUUGCCCAAAACUGUCAUGUAUUAGAAGCCUUGCUUCUUUUUUCUUUUAAAUAAGUUUUAUUAUGUUUUGAUUUUUUGUUUUUCUUUUAUGACCCGGCAUCCUCAAUUCAAUUUAAUUAUUUAAAUGUGCUUAAAAAAUAAUGUCAUAAAAAAAUUUGAAAAUGGGUCAUAUAUAGAGAAAAUGUGAAGCAAUAAUUCAUGAUUUAUUGUUAAAUUAUAAAAAAGUGAUAUAUAAAAAUGCAUUCUUGGAGCUCCUUGGACAUAUUUUUGUUUAAAAGUCAAAAUGUAAAGAUGUAAAGUAACUUUAUUUCGGACAAAUUACGACCAUGAAUAGGCAGACUCCUAGCUUUCCAAUUAAUAACUUGACUGUUUUUUCCACCCACAUUUUAAUGAUUUUGUUCCAGCAUGUAAAUGUUUAUUCUUUGAGAAAUGACUGACUUAGAAACACAUAUCAUUAUCUAUAAAUCAGUUGGAUGUCAGUGUUAAGAUGGCGUGAUAGUUAUAGGAUCUGAUGAAGUGACAUCAAGAGAAGGGCUGCCUUUUUAUUUAAUGCUUAUUGGUUUGUUGAUCUUAAUACAAAUUCCUGUAAAACCAAAAUGAUCCAUAAUGAAGAAAAUGUUCAAAGAUUGUGGACCUUUAGCUAGCCCAGUGGACUCCAUGAGAACUUUUUAUAGUUGUGACAGCCUCAGAAAUUCAAGAAAUGAAAAAUGAUGUAUAGUUGUCAAACUGGACCAUUGUGGCCCUGACCAGCACACUGCAUGUGGGUGUAUGACGUUGCGUGAACUUAUGAAUGUUACAUGUUCAUUUGCAUUGUUCAACAGAACAUCAGUAGUGCUAUGCAGCAUGAGCUUCAUCCCCUAAAACCAUCUCAUUCCACUCCUGAAAUAACCCUGCUCACAUCCUGCUUGUGUAUGCGCACAUCUGUAUGUAAAUGAAUGCUUGUGAUUUUAUUGUUAAAUUUAGACUCUUUAACUAGAAAUGCUUUAUUCCAUCCAAAUGUUUUGUUUUUUAUUUUAUUGUGCAAGAAGUAUUUUAUGUUGAUUUUUAUUAACUAAAAAUUGUUUUCUUGCUUGUACAUAAGGGCAAAAAAGACAUUAAGUUUAAUCUUUUUUUAAUUACAUUAUUAUAAAAAUCAUGAAAAAUGUUGCUUUGAAAAUCGGAAUAAAGCAAUUUUAAAGUAA